AUGAAGUUAUAUGCACUAUUUGUUCUCUUGACUUUAAAUGAAAAGGACACCAAUAUCAGAUGGAAAUAUGUAAUUCUAGACAAUUUAAAGGAAGGAACUCCAGGGUCAACAGAUAUAAAGGGAGGAAUUCCAGGGUCAACAGGUAGCUGGUCUUAUCAAUUUGGGGGAAAUCAGCCGGCAAAUGGACUUGAUAUAAAGGGAGGAAUUCCAGGUUCAACAGGUAUAAAUGGAGGAAUUCCAGGGUCAACAGAUAUAAAGGGAGGAACUCCAGGGUCAACAGAUAUAAAGGGAGGAACUCCAGGGUCAACAGAUAUAAAGGGAGGAACUCCAGGGUCAACAGGUAGCUGGUCUUUUCAAUUUGGGGGAAAUCAGCCAGUGAAUGGACUUGAUAUAAAGGGAGCAACUCCAGGGUCAACAGAUAUAAAGGGAGGAAUUCCGGGCCCGACAGAUAUAAAAGGAGGAACUCCAGGGUCAACAGGUAGCUGGUCAUUUGGUGGAAAUCAGCCGGUAAAUGGACUUGAUAUAAAGGGAGGAACUCCAGGGUCAACAGAUAUAAAGGGAGGAAUUCCGGGCCCGACAGAUAUAAAUGGAGGAACUCCAGGGUCAACAGGUGGCUGGUCCUAUCAAUUUGGUGGAAAUCAGCCGGUGAAUGGACUUGAUAUAAAGGGAGGAACUCCAGGGUCAACAGCUAUAAAGGGAGGAAUUCCGGGCUCGACAGAUAUAAAUGGAGGAACUCCAGGGUCAACAGGUGGCUGGUCUUAUCAAUUUGGUGGAAAUCAGCCGGUGAAUGGACUUGCUAUAAGGGGAGGAACUCCAGGGUCAACAGAUAUAAAGGGAGGAAUUCCGGGCCCGACAGAUAUCAAAGGAGGAACUCCAGGGUCAACAGGUAGUUGGUCAUUUGGUGGAAAUCAGCCGGUGAAUGGACUUGAUAUAAAGGGAGCAACUCCAGGGUCAACAGAUAUAAAGGGAGGAAUUCCGGGCCCGACAGAUAUAAAAGGAGGAACUCCAGGGUCAACAGGUAGCUGGUCAUUUGGUGGAAAUCAGCCGGUGAAUGGACUUGAUAUAAAGGGAGGAACUCCAGGGUCAACAGAUAUAAAUGGAGGAACUCCAGGGUCAACAGGUGGCUGGUCCUAUCAAUUUGGUGGAAAUCAGCCGGUGAAUGGACUUGAUAUAAAGGGAGGAAUUCCGGGCCCGACAGAUAUAAAAGAAGGAACUCCAGGGUCAACAGGUAGUUGGUCAUUUGGUGGAAAUCAGCCGGUGAAUGGACUUGAUAUAAAGGGAGGAACUCCAGGGUCAACAGAUAUAAAUAGAGGAACUGCAGGGUCAACAGGUGGCUGGUCCUAUCAAUUUGGUGGAAAUCAGCCGGUGAAUGGACUUGAUAUAAAGGGAGGAACUCCAGGGUCAACAGAUAUAAAGGGAGGAAUUCCGGGCUCGACAGAUAUAAAUGGAGGAACUCCAGGGUCAACAGGUGGCUGUUCUUAUCAAUUUGGUGGAAAUCAGCCGGUGAAUGGACUUGAUAUAAAGGGAGGAACUCCAGGGUCAACAGAUAUAAAGGGAGGAAUUCCGGGCCCGACAGAUAUAAAAGGAGGAACUCCAGGGUCAACAGGUAGCUGGUCAUUUGGUGGAAAUCAGCCGGUGAAUGGACUUGAUAUAAAGGGAGGAACUCCAGGGUCAACAGAUAUAAAGGGAAGAAUUCCGGGCCCGACAGAUAUAAAAGGAGGAACUCCAGGGUCAACAGGUGGCUGGUCCUAUCAAUUUGGUGGAAAUCAGCCGGUGAAUGGACUUGAUAUAAAGGGAGGAACUCCAGGGUCAACAGAUAUAAAGGGAGGAAUUCCGGGCCCGACAGGUGGCUGGUCUUAUCAAUUUGGUGGAAAUCAGCCAGUGAAUGGACUUGCUAUAAGGGGAGGAACUGCAGGGUCAACAGAUAUAAAGGGAGGAAUUCCAGGCCCGACAGAUAUAAAUGGUGGAACUCCAGGGUCAACAGGUGGCUGGUCCUAUCAAUUUGGUGGAAAUCAGCCGGUGAAUGGACUUGAUAUAAAGGGAGGAACUCCAGGGUCAACAGAUAUAAAGGGAGGAAUUCCGGGCCCGACAGAUAUAAAUGGAGGAACUCCAGGGUCAACAGAUAUAAAAGCAGGAACUCCAGGGUCAGCAGGUGGCUGGUCUUAUCAAUUUGUGGGAAAUCAGCCGGCGAAUGGACUUGGUAUAAAUGGAGGAAUUCCAGGUUCAACAGAUAUAAAAGCAGGAACUCCAGGGUCAGCAGGUAGCUGGACUUAUCAAUUUGUGGGAAAUCAGCCGGUGAAUGGAAUUGGCAUAAAUGGAGGAAUUCCAGGUUCAACAGAUAUAAAAGCAGGAACUCCAGGGUCAGCAGGUAGCUGGUUUUAUCAAUUUGUGGGAAAUCAGCCGGCGAAAGGACUUGGUAUAAAUGGAGGAAUUCCAGGUUCAACAGAUAUAAAAGGAGGAACUCCAGGGUCAACAGGUAGCUGGUCUUAUCAAUUUGGGGGAAAUCAGCCGGUGAAUGGACUUGGCAUAAAUGGAGGAAUUCCAGGGUCAACAGGUAUAAAUGGAGGAAUUCCAGGGACAACAGAUAUAAAGGGAGGAAUUCCGGGCCCGACAGAUAUAAAAGGAGGAACUCCAGGGUCAACAGGUAGCUGCUCAUUUGGUGGAAAUCAGCCGGUGAAAGGACUUGAUAUAAAGGGAGGAACUCCAGGGUCAACAGAUAUAAAUGGAGGAACUCCAGGGUCAACAGGUGGCUGGUCCUAUCAAUUUGGUGGAAAUCAGCCGGUGAAUGGACUUGAUAUAAAGGGAGGAACUCCAGGGUCAACAGCUAUAAAGGGAGGAAUUCCGGGCUCGACAGAUAUAAAAGGAGGAACUCCAGGGUCAACAGGUAGCUGGUCAUUUGGUGGAAAUCAGCCGGUGAAUGGACUUGAUAUAAAGGGAGGAACUCCAGGGUCAACAGAUAUAAAUAGAGGAACUCCUGGGUCAACAGGUGGCUGGUCCUAUAUAUUUGGUGGAAAUCAGCCGGUGAAUGGACUUGAUAUAAAGGGAGGAACUCCAGGGUCAACAGAUAUAAAGGGAGGAAUUCCGGGACCGACAGAUAUAAAUGGAGGAACUCCAGGGUCAACAGGUGGCUGGUCUUAUCAAUUUGGUGGAAAUCAGCCGGUGAAUGGACUUGAUAUGAGGGGAGGAACUCCAGGGUCAACAGAUAUAAAGGGAGGAAUUCCGGGCCCGACAGAUAUAAAAGGAGGAACUCCAGGGUCAACAGGUAGUUGGUCAUUUGGUGGAAAUCAGCCGGUGAAUGGACUUGAUAUAAAGGGAGGAACUCCAGGGUCAACAGGUAACAUAUAUAAAUAUAUAUGUCAUAUAUGUACAUGAUUUGUGAGCUUUACUUGCAAUACCCUGCCUGACCAAUGGGAGUGCUGUUAACUGGACCUACACCCACAUAAUAAUAACACUUUAG